UAACUCUCCUCUCCCCUUCCAUCUCCUCCAUACCACUCAAGCUCUCAGAAAGUAAUCAAUCACCAGUCAGCAGCAUCUUCAUCAUCGAUCAGAGGCGACAGCAGAUCUCAGUCGAUCUCUCCGGCGGCAAGCAGCCUUCCCUGCAUCUGAAUUCGGCGAAGAAGAAGAAGAAGAGUCAGUUAGAGAGACAUGAAGAUGGGAGCGGAGAGCCCUUCGAAGCGGAGGUGGUCCAGCAGGGGACUGGGGGGAGCUCUUAGGGAGCAGAGAGCUAGGCUCUACAUUAUCCGGCGAUGCGUCGUCAUGCUCCUCUGUUGGCAUGAUUAGUCCGGCGGCCGGCCCGGACAAUUUUGGUCGCUCAAAACAACGCGGACCUCGGGGGCGGUGAAUUUAGAGGAAGCUGUUUAUGGAUGUUGGUGGUCCUCUAGCCUGGUUUGCAGGACUGAAGCAUGGCUACUCUGCCGACUUCAGGCCGGAAAUCGGCGACGGCGAUUGCGACUAGCGAUUUGUUUAUGUACCAGAUUAGAUUAGUACACUGACUUAUAUUCGAGUGUAAAUACUGAUAACUUUUUGUUCUAACGUAUACCGGAGUUAAAGAACUAAGGUUGUUCUUGAGUUGUUAUCAUGCAA